GUAAUUAAUGCCAAUAUACAAAACAGAAGCCCCAAGCCAGGGCCCACCGCACAUGAACAAGAGCUUGGUUUUUUCCUGGAAACAGGACUUCAAAGAGCACAUGUUCUAUAUUUCAAGAAUGGGAACUUGACGAGAGGAGUUGGUAGAUUUAGAGAGCUACUAAGAGCUGUUGAAACAAGAACUACACAAAAUCUGCGAAUGACAAUAGCAAGACAGCUGGCUGAAAUUUUGUUACGAGGCAUGUGUGAACAGAGUUACUGGAAUCCACUGGAAGAUCCUCCUCAUCAAUCACCCCUAGAUGAUCCACUUCGAAAAGGUUCAAAUACUAAGAAUUACGUGCUCAGUAGAAGACCACGGGUAUACACUGGAGAAAACAUCUUUUGUCCUCAAGAAAAUACAGAAGAAGCCUUACUGUUGCUGCUUAUUAGUGAAUCUAUGGCUAACCGUGAUGCUGUACUGAGCAGAAUACCGGAACACAAAAAUGAUCGUAUCAUCAGUUUGCAAAGUGCAUCUGUAGUCUAUGAUUUACUUACUAUAGCCUUGGGAAGAAGAGGCCAAUAUGAAAUGCUUUCAGAGUGUUUAGAAAGAGCUAUGAAGUUUGCAUUUGAAGAGUUCCAUCUCUGGUAUCAAUUUGCAUUGUCCUUGAUGGCAGCAGGAAAAUCUGCUCGAGCUGUUAAAGUCUUGAAGGAAUGUAUACGUUUGAAACCAGAUGAUGCAACUAUUCCCCUCCUUGCUGCAAAGCUCUGUAUGGGAUCUCUCCACUGGUUGGAAGAAGCUGAAAGAUUUGCCAAAACAGUUGUUGAUCUUGGCGACAAAACAUCAGAGUUCAAAGCAAAAGGCUACUUGGCACUGGGAUUGACUUACAGUCUGCAGGCUACUGAUGCAUCUUUGCGAGGGAUGCAAGAGGUCUUGCAGAGAAAGGCUCUUCUUGCGUUUCAGAGGGCUCAUAGUUUGUCUCCAACGGACCACCUGGCAGCAUUUUACUUGGCACUGCAGCUUGCCAUAUCCAGACAGAUACCAGAAGCUUUGGGUUAUGUUCGUCAGGCUCUGCAGCUACAAGGAGAUGAUGCCAACUCUCUUCAUCUCCUUGCUCUCUUGCUAUCAGCCCAGAAACACUAUCAUGAUGCUUUGAAUAUCAUUGAUAUGGCCUUGAGUGAAUAUCCAGAGAAUUUUAUUCUUGUUUUUAGUGCUGUCAAGUUACUUCUGGUUCCUAGAGAAGUCAAGGAUAUGAUUGAGAUUCCUUGUGUGCUCUCUGCAAUUGAUACUGACAGCCAGACAGAAACAUCUGGUCAAUAA